UUUUAACCAUUUUGACGAGACCUUCUUUGUGAGUGAUACCGGAAAACGUUGAAAAUCAACGAUAUAUUUUAUAUUUUUGGUGACCUGAGUCACUUUCACUUUCACCUUCCCAAGGAAACAGCGAUAUGAUGAAUUCCACUCAAAAGGCCAUAUAUUUGGAGACUUUGUUGACAAGAGGAAUGUAACAUAUCAAGGAAUGUAUGUCCUGUUUAUGCUUGUCCAUUAACAAAGUCACCAGUACAUGCUAGUAGUGCAGUAUGGCCGCUAACACACACCUGAUCGGCGACAAGGAGACCAAUAAUUGGUUCAAAGCGUGCAUAGGACUCAAUGUUACGAAGGAAGGACUCACUAACUUUCUUUGCGCAGAAUUACAGAAAGUACACACCUUUGUUGGUAGAAGUUGUGGAAACUGCCCAAUUGAAAACCUCAUACAAUGUCCGACAAACCCAUAUUGUAACAAGAGGAAACGGAAUUAUUGUCCUUUUCAUAAAUCACAGAAACCGCAGCCAUGCCCAAUUUGUGAUAAUGUAAAACAUAAUAUCAUAUUACACCACAGAUAUGGUGGACCUUCCUGGAGGAACACUCGUGCGGAAAAGUGGGCACUAAAUUAUUGGGAAAUAGGCAAAUGCUACCUCCCUCCGGACGGAUACAGCAGCAUUUCCUCGGUCCAGGAAUCGGACUUUAAUGGUUUGAUAAGCAUCAUGUUGAAUUGCCUACAUUUCCAGACAUGUCUCUCCCACUUAUGUGUAUCACCUCCACCGCCUGAUAAGCAAUGCCCUCUAGAAAAGGUCCGUCAGAUUGGCCGAGAUGUGCGUCACACAUCCGACUGCAAGGUUACCGAUGCUGACUUGCAAGACUAUUUCAAGACACUGUCCACGCUCCUGGCUGACCCACACUGCUUACAACAUGAUCCUUCAGCCAUCAUAGCAUGUACAAGACUUAGUGAUUUGCAGAAUGAUCGUUUGCCCUUUGAAGAACUGGGCAAGCUGUUGAAAGAGGUCAAUCAAACGCUCGAAGAAGCAAAAAAGACCGGCAAACGUUUUUCUGAGAUGGCGGAAAGGACCUUGUCAAAACAUCGCAGAAAUUGGAUGCUACUAAUCAGUUGGGGCUGAUACGCCUUAAAAAUAAGACAACAGUUGGAGAACAACGCCUUCAUAGCAAGACGAAAGUUGGGGAACAUCGCCUUGAAAGAAAGACACAAUUUGGGGCACAGAAAAUUGAAAGUAUUACACAGUAUGGGGAACAACGCAUCGAAAAAAAGACAAACGAUGCGGAUCAAUGUAUUGAUGGCAAGGUACAUGAUGUAACACAACGCAUCGAAAUCAGUGUACAGCAGGGCAUUGAGCGCAUGCAACAGGCAGCAAACAAAACUGCACAAGCAGACUACGAAAGAGAAGAAGCAGAUUUUCGCCGUCGUUUGGUGGAACAUUACAAUGACACUUCGAGCAAUGUGCCUCUUUCAGUAUUGGAUCAGAGUCUUGAUAAACGUAUAACGGAUAUAUAUGCAACGCCGAAAAUUCACCGUUUUGAUAUAGCAAGUGAUGGAAAACGUGUUAAAAAGGAGCAAGUACUGACAUACAAGGAACUCUUUUACACAGACGACACAAAGUCAAAUCGACGUGUAUACGUACAAGGCGAGCCCGGCAGCGGCAAGUCAACGUUUGCAGCCAAGUUAGUUCAUGAUUGGUGCGACGAAAAUCGGCCUUCAAUGGCAGCUCCCAACAAAAAUACAUCGUUUGAUGACGUGUUUAUCAUUCAAAAUUUCCGGUUCAUUUUUUUCCUCUCGUUGGGAGAAUCAAGAGGUCAGACCGAAGUAACGCAUAUGAUAAAGAAACAACUCAUCGACACAAUGUAUUCUGAUGAAAAACGUGAUGUAAUGUACACUCUUUUACUCAAAAUAAUAGAGACGGAAAUAUGCCUUGUUAUACGUGAUGGUCUAGAUGAAUGGGUGGCCCCUGACGGUAGUAACCUUGCUGAACCUUCUAUGUCGGGAUUUCCAAAGGACAAGUGCGCGGUUCUUACAACUUCUCGACCAUGGAAACUUGCUGAUGAGCGUUUCAAGAAUUCACGGAUCGACAUCCUCGUAGAGAUCGAGGGUAUUAGCGAUUCAUAUACAUUUAGUGAAAGAGUACUGCGGUGCAUACUUGACAAGAGCAAGGAUCUUAAGACAACCGCGAUGGAAAUAAGGAGCUUCAUAGAGGAGCGUCGGCUGACCUGGUUAUCAAAUUCACCGAUGUUGUACACACUUGUUAUCUGCACGUGGGUGGACACUAUGGAGGAAGAGGAACAUUUGAACGGAUCUUCAUUGUGUGCAUUGUAUACUACUUUUCUUGAAAGCCUGUGUAAGAAGGCGAACGAUACAACUGACUUUUUUAACGAUUUUAACCCUCCUCAUGUGAAGUGUUUUUCAAGAACAAGUUACCUUCGGCCUAUCAUUUCAAACGUAGAUGUCAUUUCACAAGCUGCUUUUCAUCUGUUGUGUUCUCCUGAAAAGGAAAGGUCUAUUGUGUUCAACGAUCAGGAAUUGUCAAACUAUCUUACACCAUCUAAACAAGAGUUUGCUCUUAAAGCGGGACUGAUAUCAAAACGGAAAACCAAAAGAGCUUUAAAUUCGUCUAUCUCAUUUAUCCACAAAAGCAUGCAGGAAUUCCUGGCUGCUUAUCAUAUUGCCCACAAUAAACAUUUGAUUGAUGACCUCAUUUCCGGAUAUUUGGGACGUCAUUCGGAUGCAUAUCGCGACGUAUCCCAGGUGUUCAUAUUCCUAUGUGGACUGAACGUAUCGGCUGCCAAUACGCUAUCUGGCAUUAUACAUGAACAUCAUAGUAAAAUAAUGGACGUGUACGCACAUGGUUUGAGAUUAAAUUCACUUGAACAGAUGCUUUUCAAAGCACCAUAGAGGCAGGAUACAGAGAAGCUGUUUCAAAUGACCAAACUGGCAUUCUCCUCAGACUCAGUCACUUUAAUAUUGUUGGGAAAAACUUAAUGGUCAUGAACAACAUAUGGAGAGAAAACAAGUCCAAUGCCCUGGCUUUGAAAAUAGAGGUACACGACGAAACGAAUCGUGCCAUACAUAGUUCAGCUACACAUAGCAAGCCAACAUCGCAGGUUGAGUUUGACCUGUCAGCGUGCCUCAAUCUGAAAUAUUUGAUACUUCAGGGAAGCGGCAUACACAUGCAAGAUUCGUCGAGUUCGGUGUCACCGACACUCCCGGUGUGUAUUGUACUAAAUAGCGCAAAUCCAGCCCAGUCUGCAUAUCCUCUACCAGUGAUGCCUUGCAUAGAAUACAUUGGAUUGGCAAAAAUUACAUGUUCGUCUACCUGGCUACGCAGUCUGUUCAUCACAUUACUGACACUCGAGCAAAAUGCUGUGUGUAAACUGACGUAUGUCAGUUGUCAAGGUACAUUUAUUGAUUCCGCAACAUUAUCGUGUUUUAAGAAAACAUUAGCAUACAAGAGCGAUUCUUCUUUUCAAGAGUGCGACGUUCUAUGGGAGGUUCUCCAUGGUCUGAAUAUAAAGAGCCUUAGUCUGGAUAUAAGUAUAAUAAAUUGUGCAGACUCGAUAUCCCAGUCACUUUCAUCGCUCACUCAUCUGGACACGCUUAGUAUUAAAGUGGAUGAGGACAGUCCCGGUCUGUGGAAGGCUCUCCAUGGUCUGAAUAUCAUCAGUCUGAGUCUGAGUGGUCAGUAUGGAUAUUUAAACGUAAAUUAUGCAGACUCGAUGUCCCAGUCACUUUCAUCGCUCACUCAUCUGGACACGCUUAGUAUUAAAGUGGAUGAGGACAGUCCCGGUCUGUGGAAGGGUCUCCAUGGUCUGAAUAUCAUCAGUCUGAGUCUGAGUGGUCAGUAUGGAUAUUUAAACGUAAAUUAUGCAGACUCGAUGUCCCAGUCACUUUCAUCGCUCACUCAUCUGGACACGCUUAGUAUUAAAGUGGAUGAGGACAGUCCCGGUCUGUGGAAGGCUCUCCGUGGUCUGAAUAGCAUCAGUCUGAGUCUGAGUUGUCGAUAUGGAUAUUUAAACGUACAUAAUGCAGACUCGAUGUCCCAGUCACUUUCAUCGCUCACUCAUCUGUACACGCUUAGUAUUGAAGCAGAUUAUUUCCGUCCCGGACCGUGGGAGGCUCUCCGUGGUCUGAAGAUCAUCAGUCUGAGUCUGAGUGGUCGAUAUGAAUAUUUAAACGUACAUAAUGCAGACCCGAUAUCCCAGUCACUUUCAUCGCUCAUUCAUCUGGACUCGCUCAGUGUUAAAGUGGAAUAUGACAAUCCCGGUCUGUGGAAGGCUCUCCAUGGUCUGAAUAUAAAGAGUUUGAGUCUGAGUGGUCGGUAUGGAGGUUUAUACGUAGAUUAUGCAGACUCGAUGUCCCAGUCACUUUCAUCGCUCACUCAUCUGGACACGCUUAGUAUUGAAGCAGAUUAUUGCAGUACCGGUCUGUUGGAGGCUCUCCGUGGUCUGAAUAUCAAAAACCUGAGCCUUAGUCUGAGUCAUCGGAAUGGAUAUGACAGUCCCGACGGUGCGUGUCAUGUUGAUCUUAAUGUUUAUCAUUAG